AUGUGGUGGAUGAACCAGUUCGAGAAUCUAUUCGCCAAGAGGAACUCCCCCGUCGCCCACGCGGUUGGGUUCUGGGACUACCACUCCUUCAUCACCGCCGCCGCCUUGUUCGAGCCCCUCGGGUUCGGCACGACGGGGGGGAAGACUAUGCAGAUGAAGGAGGUCGCCGCCUUCCUUGGCCACGUCGGAAGCAAGACCUCUUGUGGGUAUGGUGUUGCAACGGGUGGUCCUCUUGCAUGGGGACUGUGCUAUAACCAUGAGAUGAGCCCAAGCCAGUCAUACUGUAAGGAUGAUGACAAUCUUUACAAGUGCACCCCUGGUGCUGAGUAUUACGGUCGUGGUGCACUGCCCGUCUACUGGAACUACAACUAUGGCAUUAUUGGCAACGGCAUCAAGGCUGAUCUUCUAAACCACCCCGAAUACCUAGAACAAAAUGCAACUCUAGCUUUCCAAGCCGCUAUGUGGCGUUGGAUGACCCCAAUUAAAAAAAAGCAGCCCUCAGCCCACGAGGCAUUUGUCGGUACUUGGGAACCCACAAAGAACGACACAGCAUCAAAGAGGUUCCCUGGAUUUGGCGCAACCAUGAACAUUCUAUACGGAGAUCAACUCUGUGGUAAUGGCUUUGCUGAUGACAUGAACAACGUUAUAUCUCACUAUCAGUAUUAUCUUGAUCUUAUGGGUGUUGGCCGAGAGGAAUCUGGAGAUAAUUUGGAUUGUGCUGAGCAAGUUGCCUUCAAUCCUUCUUCAAAGUCUGAGAGCUCUUAAGCAGUUAUGAAGGUAGAGAAUGGCGCAAAAUAAAUGGGUAUUCGAUAUUGUUUGAGUGAAGCUUUUUAUUGGAUGUUUUGGAAGGAUAGUAUGUAUCUUCCUGCGUAACAAGUUGAUUUGUUUUAUAUUGCUAUCUGUAGAUGUUGAAUAUUUGGGAAUAUUAUUUUAUGUAUCAUGUGAGAAAUUGUAAUAUACACUUCCAUAUUCUUUUUGUUUGAAAAUAUAUCCGUAUUCUCAAUUUGGUGCUC